AUGGAUGACGAUCAAAGCAUCAAUAAAACUGAUGAUUAUGGUGUUGUAAGGAUGGAUAAUGUUUUGGAUGACAACGGUCCUGGUUAUGAUCUUAUGCAUGUUAACGAUGGUGACAAUGGGAGAGGUGGUAAUCUGCCUAAAAUUGAUCGUGAUCAUCAUGAAGUUGAUGUUGACAACAACUAUGAUGGUUUUGACGAUGAUGAGAAUUCAGCAGAGGACAUUCUUCGGCAAAUAACAGAUAUGAAUACCGAAGUUCAUCGCUUGCAAGAGAAACAGCAGAGCAUAUCUAGCGGAAUUAAAACAAAAGAAAAACAACUCAAACCAAUUUCAAAUAAACAGGAUAAUCAGGCUAAAGAAAUACAAAAGGAAGUUGAUGAUUUGAAAGCGAGAGACAGUUCUUUGGAUGUGAAUUUGAAAUUUUGGAAACAAGAAAUAGAGAUGAAGAAGAAAAGUUUAUUGGAAAAAAAAGAAAAUCUUUUAAAUCAAAUUAUCUGA